AUGAGUGAGCUUAGGUAAGUUAGCGUAUAAUUAUGUCUGAUUUCUGUAGAUUAACCGACUUUUACUGCAAUGUAAGUGGAGAUAGAGCCAGGGAAUUGCUUUUUCUCUAUGGAUCGAAAGGCGAAUUCUUGAUCCGGCCAAGCGAAUCGAACCCUUUUGACCACACCAUAUCAAUUCAGUAAGUUUUUUGAUUUUUGUUGUGAUGUUUAGGCUCUAAUUGUGUGUGAACAUUAAAAGAACACUUAAAAUAUUGUUUUAAAGCUCUAUAUUUAAUUGUUUAAGUCGAAAAAUUGAUAAGUAUUGAUUAGUUUAUAUAAGAAGAGAAUGUUACUCAUGUUUAUGCCUCUUUUAAGCCGGUUCUCAUGUUUUAGUAUGCUAAUAAUUGUCAUUUUUAGCCGUGGUGGUCGAGUAACUCAUGUCAAGUUAAGUGGUAAAGGUGGGAUUCAUCGUCUCCCCACUGGCGAUGAAUUCAUAAACCUUUGUGCUUUGGUGCAACAUUUAAUGGACACACCCAACUUAUUAUGCGAGAAAGACGGAGUAUUCAUAGAAGUUACUCAUCCUGUCAAGAUCGCAGCUCCAGAAUCCGUGGUUAACAUAGGACAAGAUCGCUUCUUUCACAUUGACAUAAAUGGUCUUGAAGCUGAAGAAUUGCUUUCAGAAGAGCCAAAUGGAACGUUUUUGAUCCGAGAGAGUACCAGUGUUCCAGGAGAAUAUGCUCUGAGUGUGAAGAACGAAGACACCACACUUCAUGUCAGGAUAUACCAUGAUGUGAGUCAUUGUUUAUUUUUUAAUUUUUUUAAAGUAUUGGCUUAAUUUUAUGUUUUUUAGGAAAAUAAAUUCCGAAUAGUGCCGAAAGAUAACUUUCGAAGUUUGGCUGAACUGAUAGAGAACUACAAAAACAUACCCAUGGUGCAGUAUACUGGUACGGUAGUCAAACUAAAACAGGUAUGUAGGGUGAAAAAGAGUAUUCUUAAUAGCGAUUUACAUAUAAGUACGUUUUUGUGCUUAAAAGUAUCUAUUAUAUCGUCUUUGGAAGUAUUUGUUACCUAAACUUUUCAUUUUUAGCCGCUUCUGUCAACAAAGUUUACAGCAGCGUCAGUUGAUGAUAGGAUAGAAGCGCUAAUCAAGACUGCUAAGAAACCUAACGCUCGAGAUGGCAUCGCUGAAGAGUUUGAUGUAAGUUCUGAUGUUAUGUUGUAGGUUUAAUUUUGGACUUUGCGAUUAAAUAGGAAAUAUUUGUGUAUGGUUUUUAGUUACAAUGAUCUAAAACUAAAAUGUUUAGAAAAUUCAUCAUGACAAGAGCUGUUCGUUGUACGUGAGCUGUAAAGAAGGCCGAAAGCCGGAGAACGUGCGGAAGAACAGGUAUCGAAAUGUGGUACCCUUCGACCAUACUCGUAUCAAACUACGGCCUUUGGAUCCAGAAACUGCGACUUCAGAAUUCAGUGAUUACGUGAACGCUAACCUCGUUAAAGUUCUGAGCAACGUACCAUGUUAUUCUGAAUUCACAGGGAUCGAGAAACGCUACAUAUCUACACAAGGAUGUCUACAGCACACGAUCGGAGACUUCUGGCACAUGAUCUGGCAAGAAAACGUCAGAAUCAUAGUGAUGACUACCAAGGAGACAGAACGAGGACGACUCAAGUGUUCGGUUUAUUGGCCGAACCGAGGGGAAGAACAUCGUUACGGUCAGAAUCACGAGUUCAGAGUACGGUUGAACCGAGAAGAGAGUAAAGGAGAAUAUGUGGUGCGACAGUUGGAGUUGGCAUACCUGAAGAAGGGUGAGAGCAUACCCACAGCAGUCAGACACGUCUACCAUUAUCAGUUCUUGGCAUGGGAAGACAACGGAUGUCCUUCAGAUGCCGUCCUCAUUUUCAUGGAGGAGAUCAACAGAUGUGCCGUUCCAAGAUGUCCUCCAGACUGUGGCCCUAUGCUAGUGCACUGUAGUGCAGGCAUUGGAAGAACCGGCACGUAUAUAGUACUGGACAUACUCAUAGAGAAGAUCAAGCAAAUAGGUAAGUCUUUUUAUUGAUCUGGUUUGUAUGCAUAAUGUUAUUAUUUUCUUGAUAUCCUUAACAUUUUACUCUAUUUAUGUAAAUCAAUUUAGGCCCUCAUUGUUCCAUUGACAUUCCAAAGACGGUACGGAUGGUACGUGAACAACGAGCGACAAUGGUGCAGACCGAGGCCCAGUAUCGCUUCAUCUACUACGCGAUCUCAACCUACAUGAAGAUGUGGAGGAAGGAGCACGCUUUGAACGAGAUCACCAAUGCUCUCCCUCCUCCUACCGUUCCUUACGACGAUCCCGACGACGAGCUCGAGAGCAACGAGGAGUACGAGAGUGAGGAAGAUUCGGAUGGAUCUUAA